UUGGGCUCGGGGCUUGGCGGCCGCAGGCACUCUCCGCGGGGCGGACUUGGGCGGCGGCGCGGGGACCGCGGGGCGUCUGCCGCGCGCCCGACCGCCCGGCGGGAGUCCGGAGCGCAGUCAUGGGCCCGGGACCCCCGGCGGCCGGAGCGGGGGCGCCCCCGCGGCCACUGUCGCUGGCCGCUCGGCUGAGCUAUGCCGUGGGCCACUUCCUCAACGACCUGUGCGCGUCCAUGUGGUUCACGUACCUGCUCCUGUACCUGCACUCGGUGCGCGCUUACAGCUCCCGGGGCGCCGGCCUGCUGCUGCUGCUCGGCCAGGUGGCCGACGGGCUGUGCACGCCCCUCGUGGGCUACGAGGCCGACCGCGCCGCCGGCCGCUGCGCCCGCUUCGGCCCUCGAAAGUCUUGGCACCUGGUCGGCACCGGCUGCGUCCUGCUGUCCUUUCCCUUCGUCUUCAGCCCGUGCCUGGGCUGCGGGGCGGGCACCCCCGAGUGGGCCGCCCUCCUGUACUACGGGCCCUUCGUCGUCAUCUUCCAGUUCGGCUGGGCCGCCACGCAGAUCGCCCACCUCAGCCUCAUCCCCGAGCUCGUCACGGGCGACCACGAGAAGGUGGAGCUCACGGCCCUGAGGUACGCCUUCACCGUGGUGGCCAACAUCACUGUGUACGGGGCUGCCUGGGUGCUGCUCCGCUUGCAGGGCCCCCGAGACGCGGGCCCGGAUGUCCGGGACCAGCUGGGGGUCCAGGACGUGCAGGUGUUCCAGAACCUGUCCCUGCUGGUGGUCGGGGUGGGCGCCGUCUUCUCGCUGCUGUUCCACGUGGGCACAAGGGAGGGGCGGCGGCCCCGCACGGAGGAGCCCUCCGAGCACAGCCCGCUGCUGGCGCCCCGCACCGCCCAGCCCCUGCUGCUCUGGAAGCACUGGCUGCGGGAGCCCGCCUUCUACCAGGUGGGCCUGCUGUACAUGAGCACCAGGCUCAUCGUGAACCUGUCCCAGACCUACAUCGCCAUGUACCUC